AUGUCGAGCAUCUCUCAGAAUGCGAACGACGCAGAACGUCAAAAAAACAUAUUUGCAAAUUGUUUUUGGGUACUUACCACACGUCUAAAACAAGCAAAGCAGACAUGCGAAGAAAUAAAGAAUUUGUUUCAUGAAAGAGCAUUAAUUGAAGAAGAGUAUGCUAAGCGAUUAUCAAAAUUAUCUAAAAUUCCAUUUGGAAAAGACGAAGUUGGGACAUUGCAUGAUGUUUUAGAAACUGUUCGACAAGAAUUGGAGACAACAGCUAAAGAACAUAUUGGUCUUUCUCAGAAAAUAAGAGCUGAACUUGAACAAGAGUUGACGGAUUUUAUUGUAAAGCAAAGGGAAAAGAGGAAAAUGCAACAAAAUACUGUAGAGACAAGUUUAAGAAAUAAACAAACUCAAGUUUCUUUUGCCCAAAAGGCAAGGGAAAAAUAUGAAUCAGAGUGCUUAAAGCUACCAGGAUUAUUUGAAUCUAAGAAAACAGCCGUAGGAAAAGAUUUGGAAAAGUUAAAUUCAAAAAUUGAAAGAACUCAGUUGGCAGCAAAAGCUGCUGAUCAAGAAUAUAUACAAAUGGUUAAGAUCGCUGCUGAUGCAACCCAGAGGUGGAACGAAGAUUGGAGAUUAGCCUGUGAAAAAUUCCAAUAUUUAGAGGAAGACCGAAUUGAUUUUUUGAAAAAAGAGUUGUGGAACUAUGCGAACCUCAUAUCAUCUAUUUGCGUGGUUGAUGAUGAGUCCUGUGAACGAAUUAGAUUGAGUUUGGAAAAUUGUAAUGCUGAUAAAGAUAUUCAAACUUUUAUUAAAGAGCGCGCCACGGGACCGGACAUACCAGAUCCACCAAGCUACGUGAAUUUUUAUGCCGGUUCAGGUGAAAAUGGAACUCGUUAUCGAAGAGCAUCUUAUGAAAGAACUUCUAUAGAACGUAAAAAUAAUAUAUUACCUCCAGGCACUGAUCAACCUAUGGGAAAUUCUCAACCCAUGCAAAACUCCAGUCAUAACUUGAUAUCACCAGCUAAUUCAAGUCAGUCUUCGCAGGAUAAUGGUAUGAAUUAUAAAAGCCUAUACAACUUUCUUCCUUUUGAAAAAAGUAAUAGGGCUUAUAUGUACGCAAAUACUUCAUCUGCGUCACCACAUGGCACAAUUAAAAAUUCUGCACUUCCACGAACUCCCAUUGAGGAAGUAGAAGAGCCUGAUCCUAUCGAUCCAGGACAACAAACAAUACUUGCAGUUGGCAGCAAUCUGCUUGAAGUACAAGCCACUAAUGAAAAUUCAAAUAAUAUAUCAAAUAUUGAACGGUCUGUUGAAAAGGCUUUAGAUGAUAUACAAAAUAAAGAAAAGGCGGAUGAAUAUGGAAAGGUGGAUGAGGAGGAAAAGGAAAAUGAGGAUGUUAAGGAAAAUAAGGAGGAAAAAGAAAAUGAGGAGGAAAAGGCGGAUGAGGAAAAAGAAGAAAUGUUAGAAAAUAAUUUCAAACCGAAUUCUUCAUCUCCAAUAACAAAAACAAUAGAAUCUCAACCAACUAUACCUGAUGACUCAAAUUCGAUUCCUCUGCAAGCCACUACACAAUCUCCUGAGGCUGGUUCACCACUUCUUACAAAUAUUCAACAUCAAGAAAUUCAAGCCCAUAGACAGGAAUCUAUGCGAGCACUUGAAGGUAUCUCUUCUUCACAAAAUUCCCCAAAACCACUUACUUCUGGUCCGGGUGAUUUGCGACGUCAAUCAUCAACACCUGGUAUUGGUUCAGGUUCAUCACAACCAAAUAUUCAAGGUCCAGGUGAUGCACGUAGAUAUUUCCAAUCACCAAAUCCUAAUAUUCCUAUAAGUGAACAAGUUUCAAGAUCAAGUACGAUUCCUCCACGUAAAAAUUCACUUAUAAAUGACCAUGUUUCAAGAUCAAGUACAUUACGAACCGCAUCUAGCUCUAAUAGUAAUAAUUCUAUUGGGAUUCAGCUUGAUGCGCGUGGACGUGUUAAACAAGACGAUAUGGCUGAAGCAUAUUACGAUAAUAGAAUUCCCCCGCAAAAUAUGCAUUAUCAACAACAAAUGCACCCAGGUGGAUCACCAUAUAAUACCAUUCCAUCAAAUACAAUUCCAUACGGACGGGGAAUGCCUACAACACAUAUGCCCACCCAGAAUCAAUUAGCAAUGAAUAAUAGUUCACAAGAUCCUAGAGUAUCAUCACCUGGUUCAUCAACUAGUGUUACAAGAAAUAUUAGUACUCGAAUGAGACCACAAUAUCCUCAACAAAUGUAUCAGAAUUCAGGAUUUUAUAAUAAUAUUCCUUCUUAUGAUCCAAGACAACCACCACCGCAGGGAUAUAGUAAUAAUAGUACGUUUGCAGCUCAGCGACCUAAUGGCACAGGAGUACAACGUAUGGAUGAUGGUAAACAAGUUUUAUUUUUAGUGAAAGCUUUAUAUGAUUAUAAAACUACAUCAGCGGAAGAAAUACCAUUUCUAGCGAAUGACGUGAUUGCAGUAUUGGGUAUAAAUCCUGAUGGAUGGUGGGAAGGCGAAUUACUUGAUGAUAGUAGAAAGAAGAGAGGAUUGUUUCCUAGUAAUUACAUCCAAGUUUUGGAAUGA